AUGUAUGACAGAGCGUUCAGGAGAUGGAAGGAAUUUGCAUUAAGCAAGCACGAACUUUCUUAUCUAUCUGCUAAUCCUAUGCAUGUAGCUGUUUAUUUACAAUAUGUUUUAGAAUCUACAAGAUCGAGCAGUUCUGUGCACACUGCGUUUUACAGUAUUAAGUGGGCACACGAAUCAGCUGGUCUUGUAUCCCCUACAGAUAAUCCUUUAGUUAAUAGGGUGCGGAAGGCGGCUAAAAGAAUUUUAGGAGUAAGAGGUGUCAUAGGAAAGAACCUUUGUCUAUUGAAAUCAUCAAAGAUAUUAUCUCUGCCGCUGAUUUGUCUAAUACUCUUCAGCUGA